AUGCCUUUAAUUAUUAAAGAUACUCAAGCUGGGUUUAUCAAAACUAGAAUUUCUACGGACAACAUCAUUUUAGCUCAAGAGAUUCUUUCAUUUGCUAAUAAAGGAAAGAAAAAUUUGUUUUGUGCCAAGUUUGAUAUUCGUAAGGCUUUCGAUACGGUAUCUAGGGAUUUUGUAUUGGCUAGGCUUGAGCAGAAAGGGAUUCCUCCUCUUUUUAUAUCCUGGGUUAAGGCUUGCAUCUGUGAUGUUAACUUUUCUGUUAUUGUAAAUGGGGCUCUUGAAGGAUUCAUUCCAUCCACAGCUGGUUUAAGACAGGGAUGCCCAUUAAGCCCUUACCUAUUUUGUUUUGUGAUGGACGCAUUCUCUUCUCUCAUUGACAACAAUCAUUUCAUGGGUGCUCAUUUUGGGAAUUUUAAGAUUUCUCAUUUGCUUUAUGCUGAUGACCUUCUUGUUUUUGGUGAAGCAUCCCCAGCCAACUGUGAUAAUCUGAUGCAAAUUAUUUCUAAAUUUUCCAAAUCCUCUGGACUUUUUAUGAAUUUGGAUAAGAGCUCCAUUAUGCUUCCCAGUCACAUUAUCAAUGACAACUCUAUCUGUAGGUCUCUUGGCCUUAACCACAAGGAGAUCAUCAACUAUCUAGGAAUUCCUAUUUCUUUUAAGAGGAUUAAAAUUGCUGACUUCUCCCCUCUCAUGGAAGAAGUCUCCAGGAAGCUCUCUGAUAUUACUGUGGUAAGAAAACUCCACCUUGUUGCCUGGGAUACUGUUUGCAAGCCUAAAAACAAGGGUGGUCUUGGUCUGCCUAGCAUACCUGCUCUGCAAUAUGGGUAUAAUUGCUCUUUAAUUCAUAGAAUUUACACCCGUAAAUUCCCUCUGGCUGACUGGGUAUUUAUGAUAUAUGGCUCUCCUUGGAAGCCUCCUGAUUCUAAGGCCACUAAAUUUUGGAAAGCUAUUUGCUCUACUGCUAUUGAUUCUAAGGCUAACUGGACUCAUUUUGUUACACCCUCUUCUCCUUCUUCUUUUGUUUGGGAUUACUGGUGUAACAAAAAUAGAAUUGUGGAUUUGUUUUCUUUGUCCAGUAUUUUCGGCAACACUUCUGUUAGCAAGUUCAUUGUUGAUGGCUCUUGGCAACUUCCAAUUAAUAUUCAUAGUGUGGCUGUUAAUUGCAUUAGCAGUAUUAUUAUUCAUGAUAAUUACAGAGAAUGCCUGGUUUGGGACACGGUUACUGGUAGAAAAGCUAAAUUCAAAGAUUUUGUCUCAGAUUAUUAUAAAAUGCUUCCUCUUUGCCAGUGGGAUUGCUUUAUUUGGCACAAAAAGCAUAUUCUUAGGUACUCGGUUUAUUCCUGGCUUUCUUUAGUUGGUGGCCUUAAAACUGCGGUUGAGCUUAAUAGGAGAAAUAUUGAUGUGGAAAUCACUUGCUCGUUAUGUAAUGGCUACCCGGAAUCCACUGGUCAUCUGUUUUUUGAUUGCUCUUAUUCUCAUUCAGUCAUUACAGCUCUCAUUCCGGAUUGUGCCUCGAUUCUUCUUAGGCCCAAUCUUAUGCAAUUGUUUGACUGGGUGAAUGAUAAUCCUAAUUUUGAUGCACGCACUAAAUGGCUUAAAUAUUUAACUAUUUGUUGCUCUUUAUACUUUAUUUGGAGAGAAAGGAAUGAUAGAAGAUUUGCUUUGACUGCUGCAUCUUCGUCUUCUGUGUGUGUGAAGAUCAAAAAGGCAAUUUUGGCUAAAGUCAUUAAAUGGAGAAAGGAUAAUUCGAUGCAGGAUCUUUUCUUUCCUGUUCACUGCUUUCAUAUUUUUCUGUAUUUGCUGGAGGCUUAUGUGGAGUUUUUUUGGACCCGCUGGGGUUAUGGUGCUGGGGGCAAUGAUGCUCAAUUGCUGGGCUGCUCCCAGGAUGGCGGUGGUUUGCAACCACUGUACUUGGACGGCAAGAUCUGCAACCGGGAGCUCCGAAUUCCUCUGGCUUCAGCAAUUGGUUUUACACUGAGCCCAACUAUUCAGCUUCCAAAAUUUAUUUUGGGGUUUUUAAUUUUUGACAUGUGUAAAUUUUGA